AUGGCGGGGACCGUGGUGCUGGACGAUGUGGAGCUGCGAGAGGCGCAGAGAGACUACCUGGACUUUCUGGACGACGAGGAAGACCAGGGAAUUUAUCAGAGCAAAGUUCGGGACCUGAUUAGUGAUAACCAGUACCGGUUGAUUGUCAACGUGAAUGACCUGCGUAGGAAAAACGAGAAGAGGGCUAACCGCCUGCUGAGCAGCGCCUUUGAGGAGCUGGUGGCCUUCCAGCGGGCCCUGAAGGACUUCGUGGCCUCCAUUGACGCCGCGUAUGCCAAGCAGUACGAGGAGUUCUACAUAGGCCUGGAGGGCAGCUUCGGCUCCAAGCACGUCUCUCCUCGGACCCUCACCUCCUGCUUCCUGAGCUGUGUCGUCUGUGUGGAGGGCAUUGUUACUAAAUGCUCUCUAGUUCGUCCCAAAGUCGUCCGCAGUGUCCACUACUGUCCUGCUACCAAGAAGACCAUAGAGCGACGUUAUUCUGAUCUCACCACCCUGGUGGCCUUUCCUUCCAGCUCUGUCUAUCCCACCAAGGAUGAGGAAAACAAUCCCCUUGAGACAGAAUACGGCCUUUCUGUCUACAAGGACCACCAGACCAUCACCAUCCAGGAAAUGCCGGAGAAGGCUCCCGCCGGCCAGCUUCCCCGCUCUGUGGACGUCAUCCUGGAUGACGACUUGGUGGACAGAGUGAAGCCCGGUGACCGGGUGCAGGUGGUGGGGACCUACCGCUGCCUUCCGGGAAAGAAGGGAGGCUACACCUCGGGCACCUUCAGGACUGUCUUGAUUGCCUGUAACGUGAAACAGAUGAGCAAGGAUGUUCAGCCUUCCUUCUCCGCUGAGGACAUAGCCAAGAUCAAGAAGUUCAGUAAAACCCGCUCCAAGGAUAUCUUUGACCAGCUGGCCAAGUCGCUGGCGCCCAGCAUCCACGGGCAUGACUAUGUCAAGAAGGCGAUCCUCUGCUUGCUGCUGGGUGGGGUGGAGCGAGACCUCGAGAACGGCAGCCACAUCCGUGGGGACAUCAAUAUCCUUCUCAUAGGAGACCCAUCGGUCGCCAAGUCCCAGCUGCUGCGAUAUGUGCUCUGCACAGCACCGCGGGCCAUCCCCACCACCGGCCGGGGCUCCUCCGGUGUGGGUCUCACGGCCGCUGUCACCACAGACCAGGAAACAGGUGAGCGCCGUCUGGAGGCGGGGGCCAUGGUCCUGGCUGACCGAGGCGUGGUUUGCAUCGAUGAGUUUGACAAGAUGUCUGACAUGGACCGCACGGCCAUUCACGAGGUGAUGGAGCAGGGCCGAGUCACCAUCGCCAAGGCCGGCAUCCACGCCCGCCUCAAUGCCCGCUGCAGUGUUUUGGCAGCUGCCAACCCCGUCUACGGCAGGUAUGAUCAGUACAAGACCCCCAUGGAGAACAUCGGGCUGCAGGACUCGCUGCUAUCCCGAUUCGACCUCCUCUUCAUCAUGCUGGACCAGAUGGAUCCCGAGCAGGACCGGGAGAUCUCAGACCACGUCCUCCGAAUGCACCGCUACAGGGCACCCGGAGAGCAGGAUGGUGACGCUAUGCCUCUAGGCAGCGCUGUGGAUAUCCUGGCCACAGAUGAUCCCAACUUCAGCCCGGAUGACCAGCAGGACACCCAGAUCUACGAGAAGCAUGACAGCCUUCUGCACGGGGUCAAGAAGAAGAAGGAGAAGAUGGUGAGUGCGGCGUUCAUGCGGAAGUACAUCCACGUGGCCAAAAUCAUCAAGCCGGUGCUGACGCAGGAGUCAGCCGCCUACAUCGCGGAGGAGUACUCACGCCUGCGCAGUCAGGACAGCAUGAGCUCGGACACCGCCAGGACGUCUCCAGUGACAGCCCGGACCCUGGAAACCCUGAUUCGCUUGGCCACGGCCCACGCCAAGGCCCGCAUGAGCAAGACCGUGGACCUGCAGGACGCAGAGGAGGCUGUGGAGCUCGUCCAGUACGCUUACUUCAAGAAGGUUCUCGAGAAGGAGAAGAAACGUAAGAAGCGAAAUGAGGAUGAAUCAGAGACGGAAGAUGAAGUGGAGAAGAGCCAGGAGGACCAGGAGCAGAAGACGAAGAGGAGGAGGACCCAUCCCUCGGAUGCCAAGGAAGGGGACUCCUAUGACCCUUACGACUUCACCAACACGGAGGAGGAAAUGCCUCAGGUGCACACUCCAAAGGCCACAGACUCCCAGGAGACCAAGGAGUCCCAGAAGGUGGAGUUGAGUGAAUCCAGGUUGAAGGCCUUCAAGGCGGCCCUCUUAGAGGUGUUCCGGGAAGCUCAUGCACAAUCAGUUGGCAUGAGUCGCCUCACAGAAUCCGUCAACCGAGACAACGAAGAGCCCUUCUCCUCCACGGAGAUCCAGGCUGCGCUGAGCAGGAUGCAGGACGACAACCAGGUCAUGGUCUCCGAGGGCAUCGUCUUCCUCAUCUGA